AUGGCAUCGACUCAAGCAAAUGGCCGCCGCGGUGGUCAGGUCAACUUUUCCAACUUUAUCCAGGACUUGAAUGUUGAGGUGCCGUCGCAGAAUACCUCUCCUGUGAGCGAGGAUUGGGAGAAGGAUCUCGCCAUGUUUACCAACACCAACUUUUUCGAAUGGGAUCAGGCAUCUGGCAAUGCACCAGCAGACUUCACAUUGCCUGAGCCAGAGACAAAGCCCGCCGUGGCUGCUCCACCUCCUGCUGCGGCUGCUGCUGCUGCUCCGGCUACUACUACUACAACUACUCCUCGUGAACCUGCGUCAGCCACCUCUGCAGUGGGUGAUUUCGACUUCAAUCUACCAGGUAAGUCAUGA